AUGGGCACUGUGACAAAUCACGUAACCACCACUAAACUGCGGGCAAACAUCAGAAGUGCUGGUGCUGCUGCUGUUGCUGCUUCUACUGGCGUUGCUGCUGCUGCUGCUGUUGCUGCCGCAAAACAUAGCUUCUCUGCCGUUCUGCCGUGUUCGCAGCUUUUUGGAACUGUUAUAACGAUCGAUGACAAUGGUAAAAUGAGAGUUCAUAAAGAUGACAGAGAAAUGGUUUUUUUUUUAGAGGAUGAGAAGAGCACAGAGAUGAUGAACGCAGCGGAGACACAGAAACAGAAAAAAUAA